AUGUCUCUUAAUCUCGAAAAGCAGCUUCUCUUCGUACUAUGGUUCUUACCACCACAACCCCAUCNNAAUGUUGGCAUUCAUAUCACCUGCGUUCCUCUGAUUCUGUUGACUGCUUUCCUCUUCGUCAGUAGUGUUGACCUGAAAACCUUCAGACUUCCUGCUGACGAUCUCACAGNNUGCACCAACACUCCUGCGCUUCCCCUUCCGGAUGCCAUCACCAUCCCCAACCUACCAGCCAACCUGGGCACUAUUGUGGCUUCGCUUUACUCUCUCCUCUACGUUCUAAUGGAGCCUGUCGCUGGAGGAAUGUUGGCACCUCUACUUCUCUCUGCCACUGCCUACGCCAACCAUCUCACCUCAACCUAUGGCAUGACGGCUAACUGCUAUGCUCUUGGUCUGCACAUCUUCGCUUGGCUUGCCCAAUUCGUCGGCCACGGCAUCUUCGAAGGCCGUGCUCCUGCUUUGCUCGACAAUCUCGUCCAGGCUCUCUUCCUAGCCCCUUUCUUUGUCUGGCUUGAAGUUCUCUUCUUCCUUGGAUACCGUCCAGAGCUCAAGGCCAGACUCGACCAAUCCGUCGCCAAGGAGGUUGCAAGGUUCAAGGCGUCGAAACCCUCCAAUGGCAAGGCCAAGGCUAACGGCACUACAAAUGGUGCAGCUCGGUGA